UCAUGCAGGUGGGCGAUAUGAAGCUCAAGAAUUUCGCUCUGGCUGCCUCUUCUAUCAGCUGAUACUUUUGACAAAACACUUGGCUUCUCCACUCCCCCUCUUGGCAGCUCCUGGGCUGGAGUCUGCAGAGCUGCCUCAGACAGUGCUGUGCUCUGCCUUGCAGCGACUGCAUCAUCGCCUUCUGCUUGGGCUUUAUCCCCCAACGGGGCUCAGAAGGCUCCCCAAUGGCAGACUCGCUGCUAAACCACUCCUGGCCGUCGUUCUCAAAGCGCUGGAUGAAGAGAUGGUCCUUUAAGCGAGGGUCAGACUGCAAGCCGUGCUCACGGGAGUUCGCUGCCAGCAGCAUCCCCACGUCAGACUGCAGCAGCCCAGACACCUUCUCCCCAUCCCUGAUUGCCGAGGAUGAAGUCUUCUUCACCAGCAUGGCAGAGGAAAAGGAAGACUCCUCGUCUCUGGAGCCGGAUGCCCUGAUGGGUGAUGUGCACAGCAGCACUGAGGAUCUCCUCUCCAUAGACUUCGCUCUCCACGGCUCGGAGUAUUACAGAGACCUGGGGCUGCCAAACCUGCCAGAGGCCGGCGUGACUCCAGCAAUGGCAAUGCUGCCAGAACAGACAGGCCAGGUGGCGCCCAGCUCUCCUGUACCGGAAGAGAAGCCUGGAGGCUUGGGGCGAACGCUUGUGGGCAUUGCCUACCCCGAUCCCAUCUCCGGCUCAGUGCAGAACAGGGAGACCAGCUGCCAUUUCCUGAACAGUGACUCUGCUCGCUCCUGUGCGGCAGGGCCCCAGGACAGCCCCCCUGUGGGGGGGUGCCUGGCAGAGCAGGGUAAAGGACUGGAGCUGCAUGAGGAUGAGCAGUCCUUCCCCGCACUAAUGAGAUCCAUGUCCACCUCACGGAGGCACAGCUGGGAAAGCCCCGUGUCCCCUACAGAGAGCGAGCGCAGGCUAAGCCUGGAUGCCUCUGAGAUGGCCAGUGACCUGGAGCAAGAAGAGCUCGAAAGGAGCCUGCCCUGCCUGGCUCCCCGUGUGUCCCUGGAGCUGCCCACAGCUGGGGUGGAGGCCUGGGCAGGCGGUGGCAGCACUCUGAUUAAAGUGGAGAUAGAGCCCCUGCACCUGAACUUCGCCAUCGUGCCCGAUCACGAGGACACAGAAUAUGGCUGCAAUGGGAAGAGACUGAGGACAAAGUCCGUCCCUUCCACCUGCAACAAGGUUUCCUCUCCUCAAAUCUCUCACAACCUGGAGGUGUCGCUCCCAGUUGCCAAAGGUAUUGAACCGCCUGCGCUGGAGACGAUUGAAAAGGACCAUGUGGCCCCAGACCAUGUGCUGAUCGUCCAGCAGGUGCUGCAGGAGCUGAAACAGUUUCACGGGGUGAAGCAAGGGGCCUGCACAGCCGAGGGCAGCAACGAAUCCCAGCAGAACCUCACCUGGUUCGAGUUCCUGUCUCAUGAGGCUGAUGACAAUGGGAAGAGUGACAAGAUUGAGAGAGGCACCAAGGUGAAACGCCGGCUGAGUUCCCUGCGGAGCCGUGUCACUGGGUCCUGGCAGAAGGAUAAGGGUAAGAACAAAGACCAACCAAAAGAGAGAGAAAAGAGCCAAAAGUGGAAAAGGGUCAAUGGGCACCAGCUGGCGCCAGGGACGUUCUCCAGCUCCACCAGCUGUUCACUGUGCGCCAAACCUCUGGUGAAUAAAAAUGGUCUGCAGUGCCUGAAUCCUGGCUUCCCACAGGCUUUGUAGGCCAACCUCCUCAGUUCCUGAAGGGACCAUUCGAAAGAAAUGCUGAAGACCCUCACAGAAUGACCAGAACCCCUCAC